AUGCUCUACUUUUUUCAGUACAAGACCUGGGAUUCCCAUUUGGCCGAAAUUUACGAUUUGGACUUCGCCAACAAACUACAGCUUGAACUUAGCAAGAAAGUCAAGCCGAGUGCAACAACAACCGGCGGAUAUGGGGCUGCCGCCGCAAAUAUCGAAGACAGUGAGGAAUGGAACUUGAGCGAAGACAUCGUAAGCACAGAAACUGAAUGGCGUACCCAGCGAGAAGCAUCUAAAUCGAGCGAUGAGCAGCAUUCGCAGUCUUCUUACACCAACUACGAGACCUCCUGGCCAAGUCUGGAGAUGCCAUCAUCAGACGCAGAAGAAAGUCUGGAAUUGCAGAGAUCGCAAUCGCAGCCUGAAGCUUCACUUCUCCAGCGUCACAUCGAUGAAUUUUUAAUGAAAAGAAGCAAAUCAUUCCCGUAUGUUCCAGAAGAAUAUAAAGAGGAAUCGGCUGGUCGUAGCAGUCCGGUAGACACUUUAUGGGAGCAUCAUCAAAACUUUCCGGAUUCUUAUGGCCGAGCGGAAAAGCCGAAUGCAUCUGCUAGUAAGGAGGAUCCUACCGAAUUUGAAUAG